AUGGAGCAGCAGGCCAACAGGGCGCAUCGCCCUGCCAAAGAGAAGAAGAAAUUUGACGGUGCUAAUCCGAAAGCAUUCGUCACCUCAAGACCUGGAAAACUCAAUAAGCAGGCUGCGCGAUCGCAUGAUGUCAGAGAAAAGAGGCUCCAUGUCCCCCUCGUGGAUCGUAUGCCCGAGGAGGCCCCGCCCGUCGUUGUCGCCAUCGUUGGACCCCCGGGAGUUGGCAAGACCACUCUACUCAAGUCUCUGAUCCGCCGCUACACCAAGCAAACCCUCAGCUCCCCGCAAGGCCCGUUGACCGUUGUUACAACCAAGCGCAAGCGUCUCACCUUCAUCGAAUGCCCAUCCGACUCUCUUGCAGCUGCGAUCGAUGUUUCCAAGAUCGCAGAUAUUGUGCUCCUCAUGAUUGACGGAAACUUUGGAUUCGAGAUGGAGACCAUGGAAUUUUUGAACGCCUUACAGACGUCUGGUAUGCCGGGUAACGUCUUCGGUAUUCUUACCCAUCUUGAUCAAUUCAAGAAACAUAGCACCCUGAAGGACGCGAAGAAGCGCCUGAAGCACCGUUUCUGGAGUGAGCUAUACGCUGGCGCAAAGCUCUUUUACUUGUCCGGUGUUAUCAACGGCCGUUACCCCGAUCGUGAAGUGCACAACCUUUCCCGAUUCUUGUCCGUCAUGAAAAAUCCUCGUCCGCUCGUGUGGCGCAACUCGCACCCUUACGCGCUUGCAGAUCGCUUCUUGGACAUUACACCACCUACUCAGAUCGAGGAGAACGCGAAGUGUGAUCGCACAGUCGCGCUCUACGGUUACCUGCGUGGCACUAACUUCCCCUCACAUGGCGCCCGAGUCCAUGUUCCUGGUGUUGGUGAUCUGACAGUUGCGAACAUUGAGGGCUUGCCCGAUCCAUGCCCAACUCCCUACAUGGACCAGCAGAUCGCCAAAGCAACUGGAAAAUCGAACAGGCGCAAGCUUGGCGAGCACCAGAAGCUGCUCUUCGCUCCUAUGUCUGAUGUCGGUGGUGUUCUGGUCGACAAGGAUGCAGUUUACAUCGAUAUCAAGACCAACACCUUUGACCGGGACUCGGAUGAGGAUUCGGACGAUGAGGAACGCCGAGGUCUUGGCGAGCACCUUGUUGUUGGCCUUCAAGGCGAGCGCAAGAUGCUGGGUGAGGCUGAUCAGGGUGUUCGUCUCUUCCGUGGCGGCGAGGCCCUCGAUAAAGCGGAUGACGAGGAGACAGGCCGUAAGGAUCAACGCCGCGCCCGCGUGGCCGUACCCGAACCAGAUGACUUAGUUAUUCCCGAAGGGUCCGAUAGCGAAGAGGAGAUCCUCGAAGAUAUUAACGAGGAUGAUGUGACAGAUGAUGAAGGCGAACUCGAAAUGUCUGCACCCACAGACUUUGGAGCCCGUUUUAAGGCCAAACAGAACGGAAAUGACGACGGAGAAGCAGAAGACAUGGCUUUCGCUGACAGUGAUUCUGACCUGGGCUCCAUCUCUUCAGUUUCAGACCAGGAACUCGAGAGCGGCGAUGAAGAUGAGGAUGAGGAUGAGGAUGAGGAUGAGGAUCAGGAUGAGGAUGAUGAAGAAGAUGAGGAGGGCAAUGUUCGAUGGAAGGAGAACAUGCUCGCCAAUGCCAAGUCUCUUCACGGAAAACGCCCUCCUUUCCGAGUCAGUGACCUGUCAAGAAUGAUGUACGACGAGUCGAUCACCCCACUUGAUGUCGUGAAGCAAUGGCGCGGCGAAGAUUCCGACGAUGAGGAGGACGACGAAGAUAGGACCGCUGACGACGAAGGCGAGGACUUCUUCAAAAAGACAAACAACGAAAAAGAAGACCAAGCCGACUUCCGUGCCGUUCCAGAGUACGACUACGAUGAGCUGGAGCGGAAGUGGCGGGACGAGGAGUUGCUCGAAUUAAUCAAACUCCGCUUCAUCACUGGCAAACUGUCCGGUGGUGGCUCAGAUGAUGAGGAUGAAGAUAUGGACGAGGAUGAGGAUGAAGAUGAGGGCGACGGUGACUACGAAGACUUGGAAUCUGGCGAAGUUUUCAAUGGCAUCAAGGAAGAUGGCGACGAAGACGAGGAAGAGGAAGGUGACGAUGAGCCUGAAAAGGCUGCCGAUCUGGAAGCCGAGCGUGAGCGAAACGCCAAAAAGAAGGAAGAACUAAAGCUACGUUUCGAAGAAGAGGACCGCGAAGGCUUUGGAAAGGUUCAGGACGGGACGCACGAUGGUAUCGAUGGCCAGUUCGGCGAAGACGAUUGGUAUGAUCUGCAGAAAGCCAAGUUGCAAAAGCAGGCAGAUAUCAACCGCGCCGAAUUCGAGACACUCGACCCUGCCUCGCGCGCCCGGGCUGAAGGUUACAAAGCCGGCACCUACGCACGAAUCGUCCUCGAGAACGUACCUUACGAGUUUGUCUCCAAGUUCAACCCUCGCUUCCCUGUCAUCGUUGGUGGUCUCGCACCUACUGAAGACCGAUUCGGCUACGUUCAGAUCCGGAUCAAGAGACAUCGCUGGCACAAGAAGAUUCUCAAGACCAACGAUCCAUUGAUCUUCUCGCUUGGUUGGCGACGUUUCCAGACCAUGCCUAUUUACAGCACCUCCGACAGUCGGACGCGAAACCGCAUGCUUAAGUACACACCCGAGCAUAUGCACUGCUUCGCUACCUUCUACGGUCCUCUUGUCGCCCCCAAUACUGGUUUCUUAUGUGUGAACUCGUUCUCGAACAAGAACCCUGGUUUCCGCAUUGCCGCCACUGGUGUUGUCCAGAGCGUGGAUGAGCACACAGAGAUUGUCAAGAAGCUCAAACUCACUGGUCACCCUUACAAGAUCUUCAAGAACACUGCCUUCAUCAAGGAUAUGUUCACCUCUGGGCUAGAAAUUGCCAAGUUCGAAGGUGCAUCCAUCAAGACUGUCUCCGGUAUUCGCGGUCAGAUCAAGCGUGCGCUAUCCAAACCCGACGGCUGUUUCCGUGCUACAUUCGAAGACAAGAUCUUGAUGAGUGACAUUGUCUUCCUGCGCGCUUGGUACCCCAUCAAGCCGCACCGCUACUAUAAUCCUGUGACCAACUUGUUGGAUCAAGUCGAAGGUGAAAAGGGUGAUAACGGAUGGCAAGGCAUGCGCUUGACUGGUGAAGUCCGUCACGCUCAGGGCAUCGCCACCCCCCAAAUCAAAGACUCAACUUACAAGCCCAUUGAAAGACAAGAACGUCACUUCAACCCGCUCCGUGUGCCAAGACAGCUGGCCGCCGAGCUCCCCUUCAAGUCGCAGAUCACCAAGAUGAGGGGCCACAAGGAGCCGACCUACAUGCAGAAGCGUGCCGUUGUCCUCGGAGGCGAGGAAAAGAAGGCCCGUGACCUCAUGCAGAAGCUCACUACCAUGCGCAACGAGAAGCAGGCCAAGCGAUCCGCCAAGCAGGAGGAGCGCCGCAAGGUCUACCGCGCUAAGGUGGCCGAUGGCCUGGAGAAGAAGGCCGAGCGCGAGAAGAGAGAGCGCAAUGAUUACUGGCGCAAGGAGGGCAAGAAGCGCAAGAACCCGGAUGAAGACUCUGGUGGCCGUGGACGCGGCAAGAAGCGCAAGUGA